GUGUAGCAUUAGCAUAGCGCUUUUCGUUUAUUUCCCCUUCCGCAAACCAAAAUGUUGGCGGCUCGCCGGCUCUCCGCCGCCACCUCCGCCUCCACUUCUCCUCUCCUCGGCCGCCGCCUCUCUGUGCAGACCCAACCCACGCCCCCUCCGGAGGCGACCGAGUCGGGGCCGGGAGCGUGGGCCCGCCGCGCGGUGGCGCUCUCGCUGCUGGGGCUGACCGGCGCCGUCGCGGCCAGCGCCGUCAGUGACCUCUCUGUGUUUCUCUCCUGCUCCAGCCAGGCAAUAGAGAAGGCCACCCAGAACCUGCAGAUAGUGAAUGCCAUUGGCAAGCCGAUUGUCCGGGGUCCCUGGUACAGUGCUUCCAUUGCUGUGAAUCAUGCGAGGCAUUCUGUCUCCUGCACGUUCCCAGUGUCCGCCCCCCAAGGAAGCGGGCUUCUGAAGUUCAAGGCUGUUCGUUUGGGAGAUGAAUCUUGGUAUUCAUUCCUAAAGCCCAGUGACUGGGAGAUACUCAUAAUGGAUGCCAUCCUUGAUAUUCAUACUGAAGAUGGGAAACCGCGGACGAUGAGGGUAACCAUUCCAGACAACACCCCUGCUCCACCUCCAGCCGACUGCACCGCGUGCAAGUCCCAUACAACUCCGCCUCCACUGCCAGCGGAUAACUGAAUUCAUUUGGAUAUGAUUUAUUCAUCUGAAUGUGGCUACCAUGGAGUGAUCUGUUCUUUCCUCAAUCCCCAGCAAACCUGGAGGAAAUAAGUGUCAUAUUUUUUUUACCCAAGAAGGUGCAGAUCCAUAUUAAGAAAUAGAAGAAUACUUUUUUGACAUUGGAAAUCCGGACACAUGGGAUAGGAUAGGUUAGACGAAAAUAUGUAUCCGGCCGUUCAUACUCUAAACUUCUGAAGGUCAUGUUUAUCAUUCUUAAACAGCUAAGAUUUGCUUUAGGAUCACUUGCUAGCAAUAAAGCAUGACAGAAAGUUUAGGUUGAUAUUGCAUACGGGAAAAUAUAGUUAGCUAGGUUUAUGACUUGUGUUCUCAUUCUCUUUGCAAUGCUUGCCUAUUAGGACUACAUAAUUAUGUUUUCCAGC